CCUCCAAUAAAAACAAGAAGAAGCAGAAGGAGGAAGUGACCUCAGCUCUGUGGAUCUUGUAGCCAGUUUUAUUUGUUGUUCAAACCCAUUGUGUUUUGGGUGUGUGAUUUAUGGCUACAGGCAGCGCAGUAAUAUAUGAAAAUGAAAACGGAAACGGAGGAAACAAGACUCAAUGUCCCCUACACGGUUGUAAGAGGGUGUACACAGACACGAGUGCUCUGGAAAGCCACAUUAAAGACCAUGAAAUCCCAGCCCAGUCUAUUCCAGGAAAAGUGAUGCUUUGCUCCACUGUUGGCUGCAGAGGUUCCUUCCCCAACAUUCAGAAACUAAUGGAGCACAUGAGGCAUCAUCACAAACCCAACAUUUACUUCCUGUGUGAGAGCUGUCGAACAAAGCUGCGUUCUUACCGUGGACUCCUUACUCACUUGCACACCUGCUCCAAGGUUUCUCGUGGAAAGCCUAAGUCCACAGAACCAACACACACGCAGCCUGCUUCUGUCCCCAACCCAAACCUGACCCCCACAGCUAUGGGCCAAGAUUCAUCUCGUUUGGACGCUCAGUCAUCAUCCCAGAUUGCAAACGCAGAUGGCUCUAACUCUGCUGUUUUUCAUCCAGGCUCUGCGCUGCCUUCCAUCAGUACCCCCUUGUUGUCACACGCUGAUACCGCUGCUCCUCAGCAACUUUCAGUUCCACAGCCCUCCCUCAAGAACGGCGUCUCUACUGUGCCUCCCUCUCUAAGCCUGGCUGCGCCAACAUCAACUAGUGACGUCACUGAUUCAUAUAAUCAGCACCCUGAGCCUGUUCACCCUUCUCCAGUAUCUGCUCCUCUUUCUCCCUCUGGGUCCUCAGCAGUCUGGAAGAGGAAUCAAGGUAUGACUCACAGCAGGCGAAUUCUUUGGGAACACACUAAAGGACGCUACACAUGUGUGCAGUGUGGCCAAACUGCAACCAACCGCAAGGAAAUGACCCAACACAUCAGUCAACACAGUGGUAACAAAGCUGCAGAGGACACAAACAACUGACGUUGUCUUGUCAAGUUGAUGUAUAAUAAAAACACGUUUUUUUUUUGUUAUUCAAGAUGAGCAUUAUAAACUUGAUUCUGUGUAUAACACUGACUCAAUCUAUGUAUUAGUAAUAUUUAUUUCCACAAAAUGCUUUGUGUAUAUUGCUUUCAGUUUCACAUGACUUCAAAUACUACUGUUACAAUGUAGUUUGUUAUAGGUUUAGUGUCCUUUUAAUGUGACUGUCUGGUACAAGAGGCUGUGAAUCCACAAACUGUUCGGGGUUAAUAAUAGUAAAGUGUUGAAAAAGUAAA